AUGUCUGCGGUAGACGAUAUCGACCCGGACAGCAGCAGGACGAACCACCAGCCUCCUCAUACCGCGCGACAUCCUAUCCCCACCAUCCAGAGAUACAAAGCCGAGCGGAGUGAGUUGAAUGACCAUCAACAACAGGCAGAGGAAGCCCAACACGAUGAAGGGGAUGAGCCAACAGUCAAAAGAGCAUACCAUGCAGCGAAAAACAUCUUGAAAGGCGAAGACCCGCCGAAGAAGUCCCAGCAUGAUCCGUACAGAUCCGAAAACCGAAAUGUCGAGGGCACGGGACAACCAACUCAAGAUGCCCAACAACAAUCCGACCAGGAUGGGCAAUACGGACAGACACAAAACUCUGAUUCGGAUGGCGACGACGAAGAGAACGAGCCAAGGGGAAAAGGCGGCGACGAUAAAGGUGGACAGUCGGCGACUGAGGCCGUUGCAGCGAGUACGGAUCCUCGACAGAAGAGGAAAGCCAUGAAACAUAAGAAGCGGGACGAGGGUGGUAGAGAAGUCACCGACCCUGUGACCCAUCUUCCCAUUGUAAUACGGGAUUCCACACGCAAGGACCUCAAGUCAACCCCGCAAAACUAUCCAGCCUAUGGAAGCCAAACCAGCACCAUGACUGGAGUCAGUGGCGCGAAGAAGUCACAGUCUGAUCUUGAGGCAGAACAGGCUCAGUUGCAGAGCAGCCAUAACGGGAUGCAGAAGCUGUUUCCGCCGCCCAGGUUCGACGAAAUGAAGGUCGAGCUGAACAGGACGUAUCAAUUCGCGCUGACGUUAGGCCUGGGCUGCAUUGUGCUGCUGGUCUCAUUGUGCUUGAUACUGUUUCGCUUGAUUGGCAUGGGUCCUGCUACGUCUUAUGACCUCAGGGGUUCGUCUUGGACAGCUCUCGCCUCCAUGGGGGCCAUCUCCAUAAUCCCGGCAGCCACAGGAUUUGCCGUGAUAGUCGUCCUCCGCGGCUGGCUGGGGAAGAAAGUGGAUUCAAUCUGGAACGAUGAGGUAUGGGAUGCGGCUCGCAAGCAGGAACGGCAGGGCAACGAAGCCGAAGACCUCAUACCGGAGUCUGUUACCUGGUUGAACAAUCUCCUGGCCGCCGUCUGGCCCUUGAUUAAUCCCGACCUGUUCACUUCAAUCGCAGACAUGCUGGAAGAUGUCAUGCAAGCGUCUCUGCCAAAGGUUGUCCGUAUGGUCAGUGUGGAUGAUCUGGGUCAAGGGAGUGAGGCGUUCCGUAUCCUGGGCGUAAAUUGGUUGCCAACAGGGGCCGCUAGCCGGACGGUUGGCGCAAAUGGGAAGUUGAAGCCUGCUGAGGACGAGGAGAAGAGCGACCGAGCUUCACCAGGUCAAGGACAAAUCGAAGGUGACGAUUCCGACGACAAAGAUAACGAUAGCAGAUCUGGGGACAAGAGAAAGGAAAGCCAGCAAGACGAGCAAGAGCAGCAGGCUAUUCGUGAAGGUAUGGAAGCCGAGCAAGGCGAUUUUGUCAACCUAGAGUUGGCUUUCGCAUACCGAGCUCGAUCCUCUGGAAAGUCUUUACAGGCAAAGGCGAAAAAUGCCCACCUCUACCUGAAAUUUUACCUUCCGGGAGGCAUUGUAGUCCCUGUUUGGGUCGAACUAAAAGGUAUCGUUGGCACCAUGAGGCUGAGGUUGCAAUUGACGCCGGACCCUCCAUUUUUCAGUUUGUGCACUUUGACGUUCAUGGGGCAACCGCAGGCUGAUCUGUCUUGUGUGCCCCUUUCGAGGCAUGCCCUCAAUUUGAUGGACGUGCCUCUCAUAUCAUCCUUUGUUCAGUCUUCGAUUGACGCUGCGCUAGCAGAGUACGUCGCGCCAAAGAGCCUGACUCUGGACUUGAAAGAUAUGCUUGUUGGCGACGACUUCAAGAAAGAUACUGUCGCCCGAGGCGUGGUCAUGAUAUAUAUCAAAUGUGCCAAAGGCUUCAAAGAGGGCGAUGGAGGUGUCGGGCCGUUCUCGGGCUCAAGCGACGCGUAUAUGACCGUGGCUUGGGGCAAGUUCGGAAAACCCGUUUCGUCUACACGAGUCAUUGUUGAUGACCAGGCACCCGCGUGGCACGAGUGGGCGUCAAUUCUGGUAACUCCAGAGGAGCUAAACGCAGGCGAGAAGCUCCGCCUUCAGCUUUGGGACUCGGACAAAUAUACAGCAGAUGAUGAUCUCGGACGGGUUGAAGUUGACCUUCACGAGCUCAUGCACAAUCCAAAGACGAGGAAUCAAAUGUGCGACCGUGAGGAUCGGUUUAAAGGCGAAGAUCCUGACGAAGUCUUGCCCGGCACAGUGCAGUGGCGUGUGGGAUACUUUGAGAAAACCGAGAUCACAGAACAACAGCUUGCUGAGCAAACACAAGAUCCAAACAUUCGGUCGAUUGAAGACUUAAGAGAGCAAGUGACGCAGUCGGCAAAAAACAAGCUGCGGGAAGCCACUGCACACGACGAGAGCAAGGAGAUCAAACAGCAGCAACAAGAAGACUAUAAAGAACGAGAAGACGCCCUCAUCAUCUCCAGCCCUCCGCCGGCGGACUAUCCCAGUGGGAUUUUCAGCAUUCAAAUCCACAACAUUACAGGUUUGGAAGUGCAGUCACUGCAGAAAAGAGACAAGAAGCGAGGCGAGGGUGACCGAGAAGAUGAGUCCGAGCAGAGCGAUGAUCUUCCCAGCAGUUAUGCCACUAUCAUUCUCAAUCAUCAGAAGAUCUACAGAACCAGGACAAAGCCGAAGAACUCAAAACCCUUCUUCAAUGCCGGCACAGAGCGCUUCAUUCGAGAUUGGAGAUCUGCUGAAAUCAUGGUUUCGGUGCGUGAUGAUCGCGAGAGAGAGAACGAUCCUCUGCUCGGAAUGGUCUACUUGCCGCUCCGGAGAGUUUUUGAGAAAGCAAGUCAGGUCAUGCAGACUUAUCCACUGGUAGGCGGCAUUGGGUAUGGCAGAAUCAGAAUCAGCAUGGUAUGGCGUAGUGUGCAAUUGAAACUGCCCAAAGAGCUGCUAGGUUGGAACUACGGCACGCUCGAGGUCAAAUGCCCCGUCAAGCUGAAGUCGACCAACAAUGACGGCAACGACAGCAGCAGCUCAUUCACCCAUUAUAGGAUGAAGUUGCGGACCAAUCUCAUGCGGGCUAAACUGUCUUCCAGUGGAGAUGGGAAGGUAGAGUGGAGGCCGAAGAGUGACAGAGAAUCGGUCUUCCUCGCCGUGCGGAAGCGCUAUUCCAGCGCUCUGAUUGUCGAGUUCCGCAAGUCCACCAUUGGUCCCGACUCGACGCCGGCCAUGGCGGUUCUGUGGCUGAAAGACAUCCCUGACGAAGAAGAAAGGACUGUCUCUUUGGAAGUGUGGAAGGGCGGCAAGGAGAGAGCACACCGAAUGACGACAAGCUACGGGUACCAUGGCAUGGAAGAAGGGGAACGGCCACUGGGAGAAAUUGAACUUACGCUCAAGUUCUGGCGAGGGCUGAGCGGGUACCACAAAACAUAUGCGAACAAAGGGAAGCACACCGACAUGAAGAAUGUAAUGGAGGUUCUGGAUACGGCCAAUGAUCAGGGUCAGAUGGACGAAGAUGACGACGGGUAUAUCAGCGAUCAAUCCAGCUCGAACCCGGAUACAGAUUCGGAUAGUGAUACCAGUUCGGAUACUCAUACGGCUGCGUCUGCGUCCGCGUCCGGGUCAGUGCAACCGCCCACAGAGAACAAGGAGAAGAAGAGCAAGAUGAGAAGUAUGCGGCAGAAGAAACUGCGCACUCAUGUCAACGACGACUCUUCCAACUCGGACAGUGACGCAGGCGAGGCGUCGUCGCCUAAAUCGAAACUCGACCCCACCCAGCUUGCACAGAAACCUCUCGAAAAGGCCAAAGACGUCGCAGCGGCCGUGCUUGAUGUUGACGGGCACAAUGAUCCAAACGACGGCUCGCGCGGACUCAGGGCCCAGGUUAGAGACUACAAGGACCACCGUCGAGAGCUACACCGCAAACAUCGCGGUGUAAUGCAAUGGAAGGGGGCGAGGACGCUGGAUUGGAUGGCUGAGAAGGUCAGGCGUGGUAAAGGUCGUGUUGGGCAGGUCUUUGAGCAUGGAGAGGAUAAAAAGAGUGGUGAUAUUGAGACUGAAGUGUGA